AUAGUCCCAAAAAAAAAAAAAAAAUUAAUUGCUUAAAUAAUGUUCUUUCUUUAGGCGCGGUAAUUGCUAAUUAUAAUUAGCUAACUCCUAAAUCCACCAAUGAAGAAGCUAAUUUAACAGCUACGCAACACCGAUUCUCUUUCUUUUUUGAAUUACCUGAUUUGUCGCUCUAUCGAGCGGAAUAGGUCGACCCCGAUCAAUCUCUCUUACAAUUUUUUUCCCGAUCUCCUCAUCGUUCACCGUCGCUUCCGCCAUUGUUAUUCAUCUCGAUUUUCAACUCGUGUCUCUAAAUCUCCCUACCUCAGAGAGACAUCAGGUGUCACGCAGAGUCAAAGCUCUGUUUCCUCUCUGCACAUGGAGUUACUGAACAUUCUUGCCACCGUAUCCAACAUUAUAUUUAUCAAAUCCUCCAAAAGAUGAGGGAAGGGAAGUGAGGGAUGAAGAUGGCUACAGGAGAGGAUCAGAUGCAAGGAUCUAGCGGGAGGGAAGAGAAGAUUUUUGUUUCUGUUCGUCUGAGGCCAUUAAGUGUGAGAGAAAGGGUUAGGAAUGAUGUGGCGGAUUGGGAGUGUAUCAAUGAUGAAACGGUCAUAUACAGGAGUCAUCUUUCCAUUUCCGAGCGUUCCAUGUACCCCACUGCAUACACAUUUGACAGAGUCUUUGGCCCUGAGUGUUGUACGAAGGAUGUGUAUGAUCAAGGGGCGAAGGAAGUGGCUCUCUCUGUUGUUAGUGGGGUUCAUGCUAGUGUCUUUGCAUAUGGACAAACAAGCAGUGGAAAGACGUACACUAUGAGUGGAAUUACUGAUUACGCCUUGGCUGAUAUAUAUGAUUACAUUGAGAAGCACAAGGAAAGAGAAUUCGUUCUGAAAUUCUCAGCCAUGGAGAUCUAUAAUGAGUCUGUAAGAGACCUCUUGAGCACAGACGUUAGUCCACUCAGACUUCUAGAUGAUCCUGAGAAAGGGACAGUUGUUGAGAAACUCACUGAGGAAACUUUGCGAGACUGGAAACAUUUUAAGGAGCUUUUAUCAAUCUGUAUAGCUCAGCGACAAAUUGGAGAGACAGCUUUAAAUGAAGUUAGUUCCCGCUCCCAUCAGAUUCUGAGAUUGACGGUUGAAAGCACAGCACGUGAAUAUUUGGCGAAUGAAAAAUUUAGUACACUCACAGCUACAGUGAAUUUUGUUGAUCUUGCGGGAAGCGAGCGUGCGUCUCAGUCAUUAUCAGCUGGAACAAGGUUGAAAGAAGGUGGUCAUAUAAACCGAAGUUUACUAACAUUAGGAACUGUCAUUCGAAAGCUAAGCAAAGGAAAAACUGGGCACAUUCCAUUCAGAGAUUCAAAGCUGACGCGCAUACUUCAGACGUCGUUGGGAGGAAACGCCAGAACUGCUAUAAUCUGCACCCUGAGUCCUGCAGGAAUCCACGUUGAGCAAUCAAGGAACACAUUGUUAUUCGCAAGCUGUGCAAAGGAGGUGGCGACAAAUGCACAAGUCAAUGUCGUCAUGUCUGAUAAAGUUCUGGUUAAACAUUUACAAAGGGAGUUGGCUAAACUGGAGAGUGAGUUGAAAAGCCCUCGCCAAGCUCUUGUUGUGUCUGAUACAACUGCAUUACUGGUGGAGAAGGACCUCCAGAUUGAAAAGCUAAAUAAAGAGGUGUUUCAACUAGCACAACAGUUAGAGAGGGCUUAUUCUCGGAUUGAGGAUCUGCAACAAGUUAUUGGAGCAUUACCAACUGACUCAGAACAUACAAAUGUGGUUCUUGGACAUCAAUACCCCAAGCUGCGGGUGCGCAGUUCAUGGGAAUCUCUUAAAAUAACACCAGAAAGCCCUGUAUCAGCUCAUCCCUCUAAUAUGAUUUCCCCACAAUCAACCGAGCACGGUUCUGACGAAAAUGUCUUCCAGCUUUCAGACUUUAGGAUAGAAUCUGGUGCUGGUGUAACUCCUGGGAAAUUCACUAAAAUUCGACUUAAUAUUCGUGGAACAGAAAGUAAAAACCAACCGCACAUUCAGAAGGGGAAAUCUGUAGAUCAGUCUUGUGUUCAGGAGGAGAGACUUCAUGAAAUGGAGGAACCAAGUGAGGUGGGUUCUGAAGAUACUUUCACGGAACGUCGAUGCAUAGAAACAGAGAGUCUCGGUAUCAUCAUGUCUCCAGAGCCAAGCAUGCUUCCAGACGAGUGUAUGGCUGUGAAAGUGUUACCAGUAUGUGUACCAGAUUCAAAGAACUUAAGACCACCAACGGAAACUGAAGAAGAAGAAGUAGUGAAGGAAGUCAGUGCUGUCUUUAUCCAACCAAAAGAGAAAAGUGAACCUGCUAAAGUCUCUCCACGUUGUGUUCUGUCACUAACAGACGAAUCAAUUCCUCAAGAGUCUUCUAACCUCAUAAGAGACCAUACACAUCCAGAACCUGUCCCCAUAUCUCCUGAAAAGCCUUUUGAUUGGCAUCUUGAGAAGGAUUCGCAAACGGUAGGAAACAUGGAGCAUAAUGGAAGCCCCAGCUGCGGAACAAGCUUUGUAUCGAGUUCGUCCUCUGCUUUGUAUGAGUAUGAGAGAGAUGCUAACACACCACCAAGCUGGUAUCAGAAAGAAAGAUCUGAGAGCAACCUGAAACCGUCCAACAUCAAGAGGCCGCCAUUACCAAAGCACCUUAGCCAGAUGAGCAUGCCAGCAACUUGGUUGGAGGAAAAGAGAAAGUCAUCACUGAGUGGCUCACAGGUGUCUUCCUCUAGCGCUCCUGUGUUUGAGAGUCACAUGAAUGGUAGAGCUUCUUCCAUCAACCAGGAGGAAGGUGAAGAGACUGUUCCUCCAAGGGACAAGCGAAUCAUUCAUUUAUCGAUGGAGGAAAUAGAACAAAAGUUCAUGGCACUGAGAUCGUCGAAGAGUUUCAAGGACGCAGCAGUGGACCCCAUACAAGACUAUUUAACUUCGCCAUUGAACUGGUCGUUGGAGUUCAACAGACUAGAGAUGGAGAUUAUAGAGCUAUGGCAUGCUUGCAACGUCUCCAUGGCACACAGAAGUUACUUCUUCCUUUUAUUCAGAGGAGAUCAGAAAGAUUGCUUGUACAUGGAAGUAGAGCUCCGUAGGCUCAAGUACAUCAGAGAAACCUUUACCAACAAUAGCAAAACUAUUGAAAACGGACGCACUCUUACAUCAAUGUCAAGCUUGAGGGCGUUGAAUAGGGAGAGGUACAAGCUGAGUCAGCUGAUGCAGAAGAAACUGAGCAAAGAAGAGAGAGAGAACCUGUUCUUGAGAUGGGGCAUUGCGCUGAACACAAAGCACAGGAGGCUUCAGCUGGCGCAUCGUCUAUGGUCAGAGAACAAAGACAUGGAGCAUGUCCGAGAGAGUGCCUCUGUUGUGGGAAAGCUCAUGGGGUUUGUAGACAUGGAUUUGGCGUCAAAGGAGAUGUAUGGACUCAAUUUCUCUAUUAAACCCCGUCCCAAGAAAUCCAGCCUGUGGAAACGGAGCGUUUUGUCGCUCUCUAUACUGUAAUUAAAGGGGUCAGAUAUCAGAAAAUCCCAUUUGAUUUAAUUGUAAGUGGUGUAGCUUCUGUGAGAAGUACACUACUAGCAAAUGUGAAUUUUGAGACUGAGAGUCAGCGAUCUCAAAUGUAACUUCAAAAUGCCAAUUCGUUAAAAAUGUG